GUGAGUAUACAUUAUAUGUUAGUUUCUGUUGUGGUUGCAAAGGUUGGCAUGCUGGAAGAUUUCAGCACAGAUCCUAAGCCACUCCACACUGAGUCCAUUCAAGUGAAGACCUCUACUUCCCACCAAGACAAUGAAGACCCCAAGAGACAUGGCUUCUUCUGGCAAUUUCUGCCAAAGAUGACAUCAUACAAGGCUGCGUUUGAAGCCUCAAAGAAAAUGGACUCCUUAUUUUUGCGGGUGCACCAGAUACUCCCUGUGUCCACUUUUAAGGUGCGAGACCCGAGCGAUUUGGUCUUGUCCGGACCUUUUCUCCAGUUCCUCCACGCUCUUCCACUGGAAUACAACUUCGCCCUCUACAGGGACAUCUUUCAGCGCUUCGGAACACACUACUACAGUUCUGGGACGCUGGGGGGUCUCUACGACUUGCUCUACCAGUACAACCGAGAAGAGCUCAGCAGUUCAGGUGAAACCGAGGAGCAUGUCAAAGGUUGUUUGGGACGAGAAACAGGAUGGACCGCGGUCCUGUACAGUCAACACGGGAAUGGACCCAUGUGCUCCGACAACAAGAUGACUCAAAAAUAUCAAGGCUCGUACAUUCGUGCAGCAGAGAAGUCGUUCUCUGCGGUGAGAGGCGGUCGAGCCAGAGAGGCGGCAGCUCUGGCCUGGGACAAGCAGGGUCCGGCUCCUGAUCGGACCUCCUACAAGAACUGGGCCAAGUCCGUCCUUGAAAAUCCUGCCGUGGUCGAUUACAAGGUGUUGCCCAUGGUAGAUCUGGUACGGGGUAUCCCCUGUGCAGCCACAAAGAGGAGGCACCUGAAGAAGGCCCUGCUCCAGUAUUUGGAGGAGUUUGACACAUGCAAGUGUGCGCCGUGCCUCAACAACGCCAAAGCAUAUCUCUCCGGUACGGAGUGCAAGUGUGCCUGCCAGACUGGCACAUUUGGCCCCAAUUGUGAACAAAGAGCUCCUGACUACACCUCAGAGGAAGUAGACGGGUCCUGGAGCUGCUGGGAGCCAUGGAGUCGCUGUGGAGCCUUCAUGAAAAGACACCGCAGGAGGAGGUGCAAUAACCCCGCCCCCUUGAGAGGAGGCCAACCUUGCACGGGUCCUGAGACGGACGAGGAGCUCUGUCACAUCUCCCUCUUUAAAGGACAGGAAACGUGUGACAAUGAUGAUGACUUCUCUACGGGAUGGAGGGAAGAGCUGCCUCCUGGUGUGAAGGGCUGUCCCAGACCACCGCCACCCAACAAUAGCUACCUCAGGAAAGCAAAGCAGUACUAUGACUUUGGUGAGGAUGAGGAGGUCAAGUGCUACACCGGGUUCGACAUGGAAGGUUUCCAGUUCAUCAACUGUCUUCCCGAUGGGACGUGGAGUCCACCAAAAGCGAGGUGCCUCAGGAAGAUCUGCCUUCCUCCCAACAUCCCUGACAGCAUGACUUUGUCCCCCAACAAAGAGGAAUACAAAGUGGGUGAUGUAGUGGGUUUCAACUGCCUUGAGGCGGGCCUGUCUCCACUGCCUCGAGGUCUGCACAGGUGUGGCACCAGCCUCACCUGGGAGCCCCCGUUACCUGCAGCACUACACUGCACUGAUGAGGAAGCGUAUGAAGCUGACAGUCAGUGUGGUCCUGGUGAAGAACGUCAAGGCUCUCAAUGUGCUUGCAUUCCACGGGAGAUCUGCUUAACCGAACCGGAGAGUCUGUGCGUCCUGAACACCGACGUCAACGUCACCGUGCCGAUGUCCCUCUGCUCCUUCCACGCUGCCCGUUGCCACGGCGACCCCCUCCUCUUCCUGAGCGACGGCGCUUGCGACGCUGUAGGUCCGGCUGAACUGGAGUGGGCCAGGUUCCGAGCCGCGUGGGCCUUGAAGAGUUCUGUUCGGGAGCCGUGCGACCUCAAUGUUUGUUACGAAUGGGAGAGCUGCUCGUCCUCCACAAAAUGUGAAUGCAGAGCAGCUCGGGAUUGUCCUCCAGCCACGGAGCACAUGUUCUGCCUCAAGCUGACUCGAGGCCAGAUGACUCGCAGCAUGAAUCUUUGCUCCAUGGUCGCCCUCAGGUGUGCCAACUACCAGUUUGAGAUCCUCAAUGAAGGAUCCUGUACUGUGUGAUACCGGCGACUCUGUGUGGCCCAGCUAAAGGAUCCUGUACUGUGUGAUACCGAGGACUCUGUGUGGCCCAGCUACCAGUUUGAGAUCUUCAAUGAAGGAUCCUGUACUGUGUGAUACCGGCGACUCUGUGUGGCCCAGCUAAAGGAUCCUGUACUGUGUGAUACCGAGGACUCUGUGUGGCCCAGCUACCAGUUUGAGAUCUUCAAUGAAGGAUCCUGUACUGUGUGAUACCGAGGACUCUGUGUGGCCCAGCUACCAGUUUGAGAUCUUCAAUGAAGGAUCCUGUACUGUGUGAUACCGGGGGCUCUGUGUGACCCUACACUACAUUUUCUCUCCAACAAUUAGGGCUUGAAUCAUCAAAUGAAACCCUCCAAAGCGACAAAAUGUCGCUAGUUGUGGAAAAUAUUAACCAGGGUUGUAUAAAGUCGAGUUAGGAGGCCAUUUGUGGGCCCUAAUCAUUUGUUUAGGGUAUAGCUUAUUUGGUAGAGUGGCCAUGCCAGCAACUUGAGGGUUCCAGGUUCAAUCCCCGCUUCUGCCAUCCUAGUGACUGCAGUUGUGUCCUUGGGCAAGACACUUUACCCACCUGCUCCCAGUGCCACCCACACUGCUUUAAAAAUGUAACUUGGACAUUGGGUUUCAAGAUGUAAAGUGCGUUGAGUCGCUAGAGAAGAGUGCUAUAUAAAUAUAAUUCACUUCACUACGGCAUUUUUUGACUUUAAGACGCAUCUUUUACACGUUAUGUAGACCACAAGGAAAUGUUUUACAUUUAGAAAAAUGAAAUAAAAUAUGACCCCUUAAAUGCGCCCUAUAAUCUGAUGCUCCUUUUGUAUGAAAAUAGACCUGACUAAACCCACUCCUCGGCACUGCACCUUAUAGUUCGGUGCGCCCUAUGGUUCAGAAAAUACGGUACUGUUAUUAAAACAAAACAUUAAAAGUAUAAUUUUAAAAAAAACAUGUGGAAUGUAUCUUAAGGGGCUGGUGUUUGACUGGAUCCCAGGAUUUAGAGACGGCAGGCAAAGGGCAGGAAAAAACUAAAUCAAUGAUGUGCAGCAGGGAAGUGCACACGGGGCAGGCGGGGCUAGGAGAGCAUAAAGCACAAAAAGCAAAGUAAAACUAAAUAAAUCCUGUCCCUGAUUAUAAAGCUUCCUUAUUCCCAACCAAGGGCAGGUGGGUCAAAUCACCAGGACCUGGAAAAAAGGCCGAAACACCCAAGCCCAAAAAUAUCAUCUGAAAUCAAAAAGUAAUUUUUUAAAGUACAUACUUUAUGGGUUUAUAAAAUGAGAACAGAGUGGACACCCCCGAUAUAAAGUCUACAUUUAAAUGGAUUAUAGUGCCAUAGUGUGUUUAAACCAUUGUGGGACUUAUCUACUAAAGUCUCGCAUGUGGUUAAACACCUGCAAACAUGAUAGUUCCCCCAAAGCUGAUCCACUAAGCUUGUGUGCAGAUGAUUGCAUUUUUUGGAUGUGCAAAAUACUGAGUGCAAUCCAUUUAGCGUGUUCAUGUUUAUGCAGAAUGUAUGAAUGAUGAAGACUACAAUGUCUACAGUACUAGGGAAGACAUGCAAAGAAACCAUGUACUGCUUUUCAGUGGGAUUUAUUAAGACUGUUUUGCGUCCUUAUAUUGCACGUACAGAAAAUAUGUGCAAACUCGGACAGUUGCACACAAAUGGCUGCGAGAAAGGUGUGUGGGGGGGGCGGGGGGGGGUGCUGCAACAACAGUCUGUGUGUCAACAUAUUUAGAAAUACAAUUAUUAGCAAUGUCAUGUUAUACUUUUGUAACUGCUUGAUGACUUAAGGGGCUGAUUAAAACUAAUUGAACAGAA